AUGGGUUUCAAACUGGUGUUGAUAAGACACGGCGAAUCCGCUUGGAACAAAGAAAACAAGUUCACGGGUUGGACAGACGUCGGGCUAUCAGCGCACGGCAGAGAAGAAGCGUUGGAGGCCGCAGAGCUGCUGAAGCAAGGCAACUUUAGCUUUUCGAUUGCGUUUACGUCGUACCUGCUGCGCGCUAUUUCGACAUGCUCGAUCGUGCUCGAAAACAUGGGGCUACACUACAUCCCGGUAGUCAAGAACUGGAGACUGAACGAGCGCCACUACGGAGCGCUCGAAGGCUUGAACAAGUCGGAAACGGCUGCGAAGCACGGCGAAGACAAGGUCAAGAUAUGGAGACGCUCGUUCGACAUCCGUCCUCCGAGUCUCGAACCGACGGAUCCGCGUUUUCCGGGCAACAAACCUGCGUACAGAAACGUGCCGAAAGAUUUCUUGCCCACGUCAGAGGCUUUGGCCGACUGCAUCAAGCGCGUGCUGCCGUACUGGACGGACGCGAUUGCGCCGGCGAUUUUGCGCGGCGAAGACGUGCUCAUCGUGGCGCACGGCAACUCCAUCCGCAGUUUGGUAAAGUAUCUAGACAACAUGUCUGACGCUGAAAUUAUGGAAAUCAACAUCCCCACCGGCGUACCGCUGGUCUACACCUUCGACAACGCGCUGAAGGUUGUGGACAAGCGUUACCUGCUGGACGAGGCUGAAGUGAAGAAGCGCGUGGCGGCUGUGGCGGCGCAGGGCGCGGCAAAGAAGUAG